AUGUCCAUCUUUGAUAGAGAGGUAGACAUAAUUAUUUGUGGUGGAGGUUCGGCUGGAUCAGUAAUAGCAGGUAGACUAGCAAGAGCAGACCCUUCACUUGAGAUUCUGGUUAUUGAAGCUGGAAUGAAUAAUCUCGAUCAUCCAAAAGUCAUCAAACCAGCCAUGUAUCUUUCUCAUAUCGCUCCUAACAGUGAUACUGCUUUCUUUCAUCUUGGAAGGAAGAGUGAGCAUUUGAACGGUCGUGCGCCUAUUGUUCCAACUGGGAAGAUACUGGGUGGGGGAAGUAGUAUCAAUUUUAUGAUGUACACCAGAGCAAGCGGUUCAGAUUAUGAUGAUUGGAAACAGCCUGGAUGGUCAGCCGAAGACUUGGUACCAUUGAUGAAAAAGACCGAAACCUUUCAUACGGAAAUCGGUGACCCUGGACUUGUUCAUGGGUUUGAAGGUCCAUUACACAUUUCUAGGAAACAAACUGGAAAAUUAGGAGAAGAGUUUUUCAAAGUAUUGCAUGAAUACGGUGGGAUCCCACAACAUUUGGAUUUACAGGACUUCAAAUCAGGUCACGGCGUACAACGAUGGGACAAGUGGAUAAACCCUAUCACAGGCCGCAGAUCCGACGCCGCUCAUGGAUUCAUACAUCCUGCGAUGCGAGAAAAUUCCAACUUGCAGCUUUUGGUACAUACCAGAGUCAAGAAGGUGUUAUUCGAGGACAAUGUGGCCGAAGGUGUUGAAUGUUUGACUGAGAUACCUGGAGAUCCAACAGGUCCUUAUUCUCAAUCAAUCAAAGCUAGAAAGAUGGUCGUAAUAUCUGCAGGAGCUAUUUCAUCUCCACAAAUUUUACAAAGAUCUGGAAUUGGAUCAAAAGGUUUUCUUGAGAAGCUUGGAGUUCAAAAAGUGAUAUCUGAUCUUCCAGGUGUUGGUCAAAAUUAUCAAGAUCAUCAGUUACUACUCAUUCCUUAUAAAGCAUCGGAUGAUACGGAGAGCCUAGAUGAAUUACUCAGGGCUGAACCUUCAACAUUAGUUCGCUGGGAAGAUGAUUUCACGAGAGGCGAGGGGGGUAUGACUUCGAACUGGGUUGAUGUUAGCGCAAAAGUACGGCCAAAUGUGGAAGAGCUGAAAGGUCUUGGGCCCGACUUUCAACAAGCUUGGAAAGACAUGUUUGCCGAUGCUCCAGACAAACCUGUUGCAGUGACAGGAAUAGUUGGUUGCUACACCGGAGAUCCGCUAGAAGUACCCAAAGGCAAAUACUUCACCGUUUUUUCUUAUUCAGCAUACCCACUCAGUAUGGGAUACGUAAACAUCACCUCACUUGAAGACCUUGAUUCACCACCAGAUUUUGAUCCAAAGUUUUUAUCAUCGCCUGCUGAUCUCUCUCCACAUGUAUGGAUGUACAAGAGGGGACGAGAAUGGUGCCGUAGAUUACCUUCUUUUCGAGGAGAAGUAGAAGUGGGACAUCCCAAAUUUGCUACCAAUUCAGCUGCAUAUUGUAAUAUAGGCUCGGACCAAAACAAAAACUAUGAUGAAAAUUCAUCAAAAAGUGAAGAAAUCCAAGAUAUCAUUUAUUCUGAGGAAGAUGACAAAGUGAUCGAAGAUCACAUUCGAAAUACCCUUCAAACAACAUGGCACUCCCUAGGUACUUUGGCAAUGAAACCAAGGGAAAAAGGAGGUGUAGUUGAUUCUUGCUUAAACGUUUACGGAACUCGUCACUUGAAGGUCGCCGAUUUGAGUAUAUGUCCGGGUAAUGUAGGAGCAAACACCAAUAGUACAGCACUCAUGAUUGGGGAGAAAGCUGCUGUUUUGAUAUUGGAAGACCUGGGUCUUGUAGCUUUAUGA